AUGUCAUCUUCGUACCGUUUUACAGAAUCACCAACAUUUGACUAUAGCAUACCGUUGAAUAAACGAAUUGAUAUACCUAUUCGUCGUUUGCCAAAUUCUUCUAACUAUCAAUUUAAUGAACAACAUACUCAAAAUCAAAUUCAUUCUAAAGAAACAACACAACAAUGGAUUAAUGAUCCAAUAACUGGUAAUGAAAAAUUUCGUGUAAGAAUUAAUAUUGAAGGAUUUAAUCAAAAUGAAGUUGGUAUUCGUGUUGAUGGAAAUAAACUUUUUGUAUAUGGUGAACAUAUCGAGAACAAAAGUCAAGGCACAUCAAAAAAAAUAAUCGACAAAUUCUAUGAAUUACCUCCUGAUAUUGAUACAUUCCGUUCACAUGUUACUUUUCCAUCACCAAUAAUAAUGCAAGUUGAAUUUUUAUCAAAAUAUUUACCAACUCCAUUAGUUCAAUCAAGUAGAUAUUCAUCACCACAAAAAUUAAAUGAUAGUAACACAUUUUCAAGUUCAUAUAUUCAUUCUUCUUAUGAUGAACCACCUGAUGAAAAUCGACAUAAUGAUACCCAUCAAAUUCCAAUACGUCAAUUAUCUAAUAAUUCAAUAAAUUCAUCGCUUUUAUCUGCACAUUCAAUUAGUCCAAUUUAUAAAUUUCGUCAAUUAGUUAAUGAUCCUUUAAUAAAUAAAAAUAAUACUCCAUAUAAACAAACAUUUACAGAAACACAUCGUCAACGAUCAAGUCCAACAACAGGUAUUCAAUCAUCAUAUGAAACUAAACAUCAACAUUCCGCUAGUCCAACAUUAUUCAAUAUUAAUCAAGAUCGUUUUCAAUCAAAUAUGAAUUCUAAUCGUCAAAGUAUGACACCACCAUUAUCAUUAGAUACUAAUAACAGUGAUAAUAAUAAUGAAUCAUCACUUUUUCCUCGAGAUUUUAAUUCCAAUGUUUUUUAUCGUAGUACAUUUCAACCACAAAUAUUUACUGAUGAUCGUAAUCAACGAUAUAUAGAAAUGAAACUAGAUAUGUAUGAUUAUAAUCCAGAUAAAAUUCGCGUAUCUAUGAAUGAUAAUGAUCUUAUGGUUCAAGUUGAACAAACAGAUUUUUAUCGACAAAUAACAUUACCAUCAAAUAUAGAUUUAUCAAGUUUAUCAUUACAUUAUCAUUAUGAUAGAAAACUUUAUAUAACAAUUAAAUUACUUGAUCAAUAUUCUUCUUUUAAAUAUAUUUAA